UAAAGGCAUUGCCUGUUGCACCGUCUGGGCGUAAUGCACAUUUGAAACGAAACCUUCGACAUGUGUUCUAAGACAAAGUCGAAUGAAACCUCUGGUGGAAAGAGAACUUCAGAUUUCAGAAGGGCUUAACUGAUCAAUCGACAAGUCACAGCACAUUACAAGAACUGAGCGCUGGGGCAACACUGCAGAAGUAGACAUUUUAAUGUGCGAGCCAGCAAUCUCACAGGAGAAACUGGUGGAAAUAUUGCUGGUAAGUGCUGAGGUGCCAAUAAAAAUCAUCUCAGUUUGGUCAGUGUUGAGUUUCAGGGAAUUUGAGGUAAGCCAAUCAUUAAUAUCCUUCACACAAGCAGAGAUAUUGUCAAUUUGGGCGGAUGAGGUAGGUGUACAGACAGAGUAAAGGUAAAUAUCGUCUGCAUAAAAAUGAUAGUUUAGACCAUGACGUUGUAGAAUCAGACCAAGUGGGUUUAGGUAAAUUGUGAACAAUAGUGGGCCUAGAACAGAUCUCUGGGGAACACCUCGCUUCAGGGGGAGAGUGGGUGACUGAAAAUCCUUAACAGAGAUUGUUAGAUGUAUGUGCGUGUAUACACUGGGUGGUCAACAUCCAUUCCUUAAACCCGGUCAGAGGUGAACAGGCAACAUUGACGACAGUAUGGUCUGCACAUUGAUUUAUUCAAUCCCAUCUUCAAACAGUUUACACAUUUAGGAGUGCAUUUAGAUUUGCGUAUUUGGGUGCAUUUUUGUGUCUGUGUGUGUGGUUUCUGAAAUAAAACAAUACCAAUAGAUUAAACAAAGCUCUUAAACAAAUAUUCUUGAAUGACAAUAAAUAAACAUUACUGAAUGGGGAAUAAUACAAGGUAAUUCCGCUAAUGGCCACUAGUCUUGUACCAGUUAUAACAAAUAGCAGCCAUGUAAACUCGCUACAUGUUGUAUAAUCGAUCAAUACAACUUGCUAUACAUUACAUAAACUGAUUUCAGUAUCUUUGAAUACUACUUAUAAAUGUAUAAACACCUUAUAGUUUCAAUUAGCAUUAUUUGUAUAAGUAUGUGCUGUAAACAUUGAUUUUAACAGUCUAUUUAUACAGAUCUAUCAAGCAAACUCUUUUAGCUGAGGCAUCUUAAAAUACUGAGGUAAAACAAAACAGUAUAUAUUAGAAAGUAUACAUAUACACACUUUUAGCUAACAAUAAAUAGUAAUUUGAACUUACAUUCUCAUGAACGCACACACAUCAACAAACUACCGUCUGUCUCAUUGCAGCACUGGAAUAUUCUGAGAACCGAACAUGUCUGGGCACGUCCGUAACUCCACCCACAUGUGACGUCACACAGUUAUCAAAGGGAAAAAGAAGACACCAUUCUGAACGAGGGUCAGUACAGAUGGAAAUGAAUCAACUGUUUCAAAGACUCCAAUUACCCGACAAACUAACAGCUGCAGAUGUUCUUCAGAUAAAUGAACAUUCAACACAGUCACAUGAAACCUGUGCUGAAGAAGAGCUGAUUCAGACUUUCAUGCAAAAACUACUGAUAAACAACUACAGGGCAAGGCAUAUCAAAACUAAAGUUAACAGUGAGACCAAUCAAACAACGCUAAGUGUCUGAAGAUGAGAGUGAUAUUUUUGAUGAUGUUCUUAAAAACAAUAGAUCAAGUCAGCCCACUCUUAUUCACCCGAUGGAUGUUCAGAUGGCUGUGUUUCAUCGUGCUGAUGGUUUCCUGAAGCAGCUGAUGGGCACUAAACUGUCCCAGUGUCAGUUCGCUCUACCUCUGCUUGUUCCUGAUCCAGAAACACAACAGAUUGAGUUUCCUCUCUGGACAUUCAGACAAAUCAACAAGAGCUGGAAGAUCAGAAACACCAACAAUGAAACCAUCAGUCAAACCCAGCCCAUCUACAAGGCACAAACUCCAAUGGUGUUUUUCUUCAGGUUUGACUCUGUGUCUUCAUCCAAGUCUCAGCUGAUGAACAGUCUGAUCAAUGACAAACACAACACGUUCUUCCACAGGAACUGCCCAGGCAGCAGCAGAUCCAGAGUCCUGAUGGAUGGAGUGGUGGAGAUCGCCUGGUUCUGCCCUUCUGGGAGAAACACAGAUACAUUUACUGACUGUGUGGCCUUCUGUAAUCUACAUGGAGAUGCAGGAGACCAUGAGAAACAGUGGAAGAUCCUCACUGAGAUGGCCUCAGUCAAUGUGGUUCUUCUACAGCAACUUCAAAAGAAUAAAAGAAGCACAGACAUGAUCCAAAGCCUGUACAAGAACAAAAAGCCACUUAUUUUUCUUUUUACUGAAGAUGAGUCUGUUGUAACUGAGAUGAAGAAGGGGAAAUACAAGAUCGGUCUGAAAGACAGAAAUCAGUCAGAAAUAUCUGAAGAACUCAGAGGAGUUAUAAGUGAUUGUCUCUCAGAAUCAUCUUCCACUGUCAGACUUGUAGAUGUGUCCAAACACUCGGACAUGAGAGUAGAUGAGGAAGUUAAUAAAUACUGCAAGAAAGGAAGAGCAGCAGCACAGCAGAUGAUCAGUUUACUGGAGGAGAAAAAACUGACAGAAAUCAAAGAAUCAUUUCUGCCUCAUCAGGGGAAACUGUGGCAUCAGUGGAGUCAGAAGAACAAAGAACUACAUCGACCUCAAGGAGAUGAGAUAGAAAUGGAAAUCAGUAGAAAACAAAAAGCGAUGAUGAAAUUUCGUAAACAGCAGCAUGAGUCUGACAUCAGUGAGUUUAUAAAGCUCUUUGUUAAAAAACUUAACAAAGAUGAUAAGCAUGAAAAGAUGUUUUUCCUCAAAUGGCUCAAAAUUCUCUUGGAUGAACACACAUCAACUGAACUUUCAGCUCUACACCACAAAUAUAAUGAAAAGUGGUCAACAGUCCUGAAACUGAAGAAGAAUUAUGAUAAAUUUGAAAAAAUCAAAGCAGAACAAGCUGAACUGGAGAGGAUAUCUGAAGAUCUGCAAGCUGCAGCCUUUGGUCUGGAGCACAUCAUGAGGGAGAUCGGUCAGAUCUAUGAAUCAUGUUCAUCUGUGAAGCAGAACAAGAAAGAUCUGCCGGUUCACUUCUCUUCUCUCCCGAGUCUCGCAGCAGAGAUGAUGAUCUCUGGGUUUCCACUGGAGCUGAUGGAUGGAGAUGCUGCUCAUGUUCCUCUGGUCUGGAUCUCUGCUGUUCUUGAUGAACUCGUCCAGAAACUGGGAGACCAGACCAGAGUCUUUGUGCUGUCAGUUUUAGGGAUCCAGAGCUCUGGGAAAUCCACCAUGCUGAACGCCAUGUUUGGACUCCAGUUUGCAGUUGGUGCUGGCAGGUGCACCAGAGGAGCUUUCAUGCAGCUGGUCAAAGUGUCUGAGGAGAUGAAAACACAGAUGAACUUUGACUAUAUACUGGUUGUUGAUACUGAGGGUCUUUGUGCUCCAGAACUGGCUGGAAGAUCAACAAGACAUCAUGACAAUGAAUUGGCCACAUUUGUUGUCGGUAUUGCAAAUCUAACCUUAAUCAACAUCUUUGGAGAAAACUCAUCUGAGAUGCAGGACGUUCUUCAGAUUGUGGUGCAGGCCUUCUUGAGGAUUAAAACAUUUAAACAAAGCGGCAGUUGUGUGUUUGUGCAUCAGAACAUCUCUGACUUCAUAGCUGGAGAGAAAAACAAAGAAGGAAGGAGACGACUGCUGGAGAAACUGGAUGAGAUGACGAAACUUACUGCUGAGGAGGAAGGCUGUGAUGCAGAAUUUUUUGAUAAAGUCAUAGGAUUUGAUGUUCAGAAUGAUGUAAAGUAUUUUGCUCAGCUCUGGGAGGGCAGUCCACCAAUGGCUCCACCAAACCCAAAGUAUUGUGAGAAUAUUCAAGAUCUAAAGAAAACCGUUAUAGCUCAUGCCUCAGAAUCACAUAGAACAGGGCUGAAAGACUUAAGAGAUUGUGUCAAAGAUCUGUGGGAAGCUUUACUAAAGGAACGAUUUGUCUUCAGCUUCAGAAAUUCUCAGGAGAUUUCAGCUUAUAAAAAACUAAGGACCCAAUACAGCAAGUGGUCCUCAAGUGUUCAUAAUGCUAUGGAAAAAAUUGAGAACAAACUACAAAAUGAAAUAGAAAAUGAAGUAAUUCAUGAGGUUGAGGAAUCUGAUCUUCAAAGAGAACUGAAGAAGACCAGUGAAGAAGUAGAAAAAUCAAUGACUGAAUUCUUUGAGAAAGGCAAAGAUAAAGAUAUACUGAUACAGUGGAAAGCAUCAUUUGAAAUCAAAAUCAAAGAGCUACAAGAGAACAUUGUGAGAGAAGCAAUAAGGAAAUUAAAUGAGAUUCUUCAGCAACGAGACCAAAAGAAAAACACUGAUGCUCAAAAGACACAUUAUAAAAAAUCUCUCAAUGAAAACAGCAAAGAACUUCCCAUAAAACUCAAAGUCAAAACAGCUGAUCCAGAAACACCUAACAAAGAUGAAGACUACAAACGAGCAGCACAGCAGCACUGCAGAAAAACAGCAGUGCAACAAAAGACUGAUGCUCAGAAGAAACAUCAAGAAAACACUAUUCAUGAAAAGGCCAGAAAACUUCCAUUAAACGACAAAAUAAAUGAGGAAACACAGAAGAAAGAGCUUGAUUCAUUUAGGGAUUGUGGUUUCAAUGAAAACAUCAUCUCAGAAACAGUUAAAAUCAAAGACAUUGACGUAAUGAGAGAUGUCAGAGAGAUCCUUCAAAUCAUCUUCAAAGACAUCUUCAAAUUUGACCCUGCAAACUUCAUUAAAGAGAACUCAGAGGAACAUAAUAUUCUAAAUUCAAAAAACUAUAAGAAAUAUUUUGAUUCAAAAACAGGGUUUAAAAGAUGCAUGGGGAAAACAUUUGUUUGUCACAGUACUAAAAAAAACAAAAGAGAGGAAAUAGUGAAAGAAUUAGUGAGGGAUGUUGAUCAGCAGACAGAUAAAAUGAUCAAGUCAUUCAACAUUUCAAAAACUGGCUACAAUAAAACCUACAUUGAACAAAUAAUAAAGAGCAUCAUGGCCAGAGCAACAGAGCAUCAGGAAGGACAAGAAAAAUAUGAGUUCACGGAUGAAUUAUUCAUUGACUUGAUUCUUUUUAUCUGCAAAAAGGCUGACAAGACGAUCACUGACCAACACAGAAUGUUCAGAGAAGCCAAUGAUCCUGAAAUGAUCCAAUGAUUGCUGAUAUAACAUGAUCGGGCCAGUAACAAUUUUCUCUACUGUCCCGAACAUCCUUCACGCUGGCCCCGGGCCA